AUGCGCAGAAACGGGCUGCGCAGAAACGGCUGCGCAGAAACGGCUGCGCAGAAACGGCUGCGCAGAAACGGCUGCGCAGAAACGGCUGCGCAGAAACGGCUGCGCAGAAACGGCUGCGCAGAAGCGGCUGCGCAGAAACGGCUGCGCAGAAACGGCUGCGCAGAAGCGGCUGCGCAGAAGCGGCUGCGCAGAAGCGGCUGCGCAGAAGCGGCUGCGCAGAAGCGGCUGCGCAGAAGCGGCUGCGCAGAAGCGGCUGCGCAGAAGCGGCUGCGCAGAAGCAACUGCGCAGAAACGGCUGCGCAGAAACGGCUGCGCAGUAACGGCUGCGCAGAAACGGCUGCGCAGAAACGGCUGCGCAGAAACGGCUGCGCAGAUACGGCUGCGCAGAAACGGCUGCGCAGAAGCGGCUGCGCGGAAGCGGCUGCGCGGAAGCGGCUGCGCGGAAGCGGCUGCGCGGAAGCGGCUGCGCAGAAGCGGCUGCGCAGAAACGGCCGCGCAGAAACGGCCGCGCAGAAACAGCUGCGCAGGAACAGCUGCGCAGAAACAGCUGCGCAGAAACAGCUGCGCAGAAACAGCUGCGCAGAAACAGCUGCGCAGAAACAGCUGCGCAGAAACAGCUGCGCAGAAACAGCUGCGCAGAAACAGCUGCGCGGAAACAGCUGCGCGGAAACAGCUGCGCGGAAACAGCUGCGCGGAAACAGCUGCGCGGAAACAGCUGUGCAGAAACAGCUGCGCAUAAGCAGAUGCGCAGAAACAGCUGCGCAGAAACAGCUGCGCAGAAACAGCUGCGCAGAAACAGCUGCGCAGAAACAGCUGCGCAGAAACAGCUGCGCAGAAACAGCUGCGCAGAAACAGCGGCGCAGAAACAGCGGCGCAGAAACAGCGGCGCAGAAACAGCGGAUCUCUAGACCACGGGCGCGUACGGAGUUCGUCACCCAUGCUGUUGCAGUGAAGUCUCAUCAGAAAAUCAGAAACAGCUGCGCGGAGACGGCUGCGCAGAAGCGGCUGCGCAGAAGCGGCUGCGCAGAAGCGGCUGCGCGGAAGCGGCUGCGCGGAAGCGGCUGCGCGGAAGCGGCUGCGCGGAAACGGCUGCGCGGAAACGGCUGCGCGGAAACGGCUGCGAGGGAACGGCUGCGCGGGAACAGGUGCGCGGGAACAGGUGCGCGGGAACAGGUGCGCGGGAACAGCUGCGCAGGAACAGCUGCGCAGGAACAGCUGCGCAGGAACAGGUGCGCAGGAACAGCUGCGCAGGAACAGCUGCGCAGGAACAGGUGCGCAGGAACAGUUGCGCAGAAACAGCUGCGCAGAAACAGCUGCGCAGAAACAGCGGCGCAGAAACAGCGGCGCAGAAACAGCGGCGCAGAAACACUCUAUAGCCUCCGGUUACAGGAGCGUACCUCCAUGUUCAAUGUUUUUUGGGCAGUUGAACAUAAGCGGCUGCGCAGAAGCGGCUGCGCGGAAGCGGCUGCGCGGAAGCGGCUGCGCGGAAGCGGCUGCGCGGAAGCAGCUGCGCGGAAGCGGCUGCGCGGAAGCGGCUGCGCGGAAGCGGCUGCGCGGAAGCGGCUGCGCGGAAGCGGCUGCGCGGAAACGGCUGCGCGGAAACGGCUGCGCCGAAACGGCUGCGCAGAAACGGCUGCGCAGAAACGGCUGCGCAGAAACGGCUGCGCAGAAACGUAUGCGCAGAAACGGCUGCGCAGAAACGGCUGCGCAGAAACGGCUGCGCAGAAACGGCUGCGCAGAAACGGCUGCGCAGAAACGGCUGCGCAGAAACGGCUGCGCAGAAACGGCAGCGCAGAAACGGCUGCGCAGAAACGGCUGCGCAGAGACAGCUGCGCAGAAACAGCUGCGCAGAAACAGCUGCGCAGAAACAGCUGCGCAGAAACAGCUGCGCAGAAGCAGCUGCGCAGAAGCAGCUGCGCAGAAACAGCUGCGCAGAAACAGCUGCGCAGAAACAGCUGCGCAGAAACAGUGCGCAGAAACAGCUGCGCAGAAACAGCUGCGCAGAUACAGCUGCGCAGAUACAGCUGCGCAGAUACAGCUGCGCAGAUACAGCUGCGCAGAAACAGCUGCGCAGAUACAGCUGCGCAGAAACAGCUGCGCAGAAACAGCUGCGCAGAAACAGCUGCGCAGAAACAGCUGCGCAGAAACAGCUGCGCAGGAACAGCUGCGCAGAAACAGCUGCGCAGAAACAGCUGCGCAGGAACAGCUGCGCAGGAACAGCUGCGCAGAAACAGCUGCGCAGAAACAGCUGCGCAGAAACAGCUGCGCAGGAACAGCUGCGCAGGAACAGCUGCGCAGGAACAGCUGCGCAGGAACAGCUGCGCAGAAACAGCUGCACAGGAACAGCUGCGCAGGAACAGCUGCGCAGGAACAGCUGCGCAGCAACAGCUGCGCAGAAACAGCUGCGCAGAAACAGCUGCGCAGAAACAGCUGCGCAGAAACAGCUGCGCAGAAACAGCGGCGCAGAAACAGCGGCGCAGAAACAGCGGCGCAGAAACACUCUAUAGCCUCCGGUUACAGGAGCGAACAGCUGCGCAGGAACAGCUGCGCAUAAGCGGCUGCGCAGAAGCGGCUGCGCAGAAGCGGCUGCGCAGAAGCGGCUGCGCAGAAGCGGCUGCGCAGAAGCGGCUGCGCAGAAGCGGCUGCGCAGAAGCGGCUGCGCAGAAGGGCUGCGCAGAAGCGGCUGCGCAGAAGCGGCUGCGCAGAAGCGGCUGCGCAGAAGCGGCUGCGCAGAAACGGCUGCGCAGAAACGGCUGCGCAGAAACGGCUGCGCAGAAGCGGCUGCGCAGAAACGGAUGCGCAGAUACGGCUGCGCAGAAACGGCUGCGCAGGAACGGCUGCGCAGGAACGGCUGCGCAGGAACGGCUGCGCAGGAACGGCUGCGCAGGAACGGCUGCGCAGGAACGGCUGCGCAGGAACGGCUGCGCAGGAACGGCUUCGCAGGAACGGCUGCGCAGAAGCGGCUGCGCAGAAGCGGCUGCGCAGAAGCGGCUGCGCAGAAGCGGCUGCGCAGAAGCGGCUGCGCAGAAGCGGCUGCGCAGAAGCGGCUGCGCAGAAGCGGCUGCGCAGAAGCGGCUGCGCAGAAGCGGCUGCGCAGAAGCGGCUGCGCAGAAGCGGCUGCGCAGAAGCGGCUGCGCAGAAGCGGCUGCGCAGAAGCGGCUGCGCAGAAGCGGCUGCGCAGAAGCGGCUGCGCAGAAGCGGCUGCGCAGAAGCGGCUGCGCAGGAACGGCUGCGCAGGAACGGCUGCGCAGAAGACGGCUGCGCAGAAACGGCUGCGCAGAAACGGCUGCGCAGAAACGGCUGCGCAGAAACGGCUGCGCAGAAACGGCUGCGCAGAAACGGCUGCGCAGAAACGGCUGCGCAGAAACGGCUGCGCAGAAGCGGCUGCGCAGAAGCGGCUGCGCAGAAUCGGCUGCGCAGAAUCAGCUGCGCAGAAGCAGCUGCGCAGAAGCGGCUGCGCAGAAGCGGCUGCGCAGAAGCGGCUGCGCAGAAGCGGCUGCGCAGAAACGGCUGCGCAGAAACGGCUGCGCAGAAACGGCUGCGCAGAAACGGCUGCGCAGAAACGGCUGCGCUGAUACGGCUGCGCAGAAACGGCUGCGCAGAAACGGCUGCGCAGAAACGGCUGCGCAGAAGCGGCUGCGCAGAAGCGGCUGCGCAGAAGCGGCUGCGCAGAAGCGGCUGCGCAGAAACGGCUGCGCAGAUACGGCUGCGCAGAAACGGCUGCGCAGAAACGGCUGCGCAGAAACGGCUGCGCAGAAACGGCUGCGCAGUAACGGCUGCGCAGAAACGGCUGCGCAGAAACGGCUGCGCAGAAACGUAUGCGCAGAAACGGCUGCGCAGAAACGGCUGCGCAGAAACGGCUGCGCAGAAACGGCUGCGCAGAAACGGCUGCGCAGAAACGGCUGCGCAGAAACGGCUGCGCAGAAGCGGCUGCGCAGAAACGGCUGCGCAGAAACGGCUGCGCAGAAGCGGCUGCGCAGAAGCGGCUGCGCAGAAGCGGCUGCGCAGAAGCGGCUGCGCAGAAGCGGCUGCGCAGAAGCGGCUGCGCAGAAGCGGCUGCGCAGAAGCGGCUGCGCAGAAACGGCUGCGCAGAAACGGCUGCGCAGUAACGGCUGCGCAGAAACGGCUGCGCAGAAACGGCUGCGCAGAAACGGCUGCGCAGAUACGGCUGCGCAGAAACGGCUGCGCAGAAGCGGCUGCGCAGAAGCGGCUGCGCAGAAGCGGCUGCGCAGAAGCGGCUGCGCAAAAGCGGCUGCGCAGAAGCGGCUGCGCAGAAGCGGCUGCGCAGAAGCGGCUGCGCAGAAGCGGCUGCGCAGAAGCGGCUGCGCAGAAGCGGCUGCGCAGAAGCGGCUGCGCAGAAGCGGCUGCGCAGAAGCGGCUGCGCAGAAGCGGCUGCGCAGAAGCGGCUGCGCAGAAGCGGCUGCGCAGAAGCGGCUGCGCAGAAACGGCUGCGCAGAAACGGCUGCGCAGAAACGGCUGCGCAGCAGCAGCUGCGCAGAAGCAGCUGCGCAGAAACAGCUGCGCAGAUGCAGCUGCGCAGAAACAGCUGCGCAGAAACAGCUGCGCAGAAACAGCUGCGCAGAAGCGGCUGCGCAGAAGCGGCUGCGCAGAAGCGGCUGCGCAGAAGCGGCUGCGCGGAAGCGGCUGCGCGGAAGCGGCUGCGCGGAAGCGGCUGCGCGGAAGCGGCUGCGCGGAAACGGCUGCGCGGAAGCGGCUGCGCAGAAGCGGCUGCGCAGAAGCGGCUGCGCAGAAGCGGCUGCGCAGAAGCGGCUGCGCAGAAACGGCUGCGCAGAAACGGCUGCGCAGAAACGGCUGCCCAGAAACGGCUGCGCAGAAACGGCUGCGCAGAAACGGCUGCGCAGAAACGGCUGCGCAGAAACGGCUGCGCAGAAACGGCUGCGCAGAAACGGCUGCGCAGAAACGGCUGCGCAGAAACGGCUGCGCAGAAACGGCUGCGCAGAAACGGCUGCGCAGAAACGGCUGCGCAGAAACGGCUGCGCAGAAACGGCUGCGCAGAAACAGCUGCGCAGAAACAGCUGCGCAGAAACAGCUGCGCAGAAACAGCUGCGCAGAAACAGCUGCGCAGAAACAGCUGCGCAGAAGCAGCUGCGCAGAAGCAGCUGCGCAGAAACAGCUGCGCAGAAACAGCUGCGCAGAAACAGCUGCGCAGAAACAGGGCGCAGAAACAGCUGCGCAGAAACAGCUGCGCAGAAACAGCUGCGCAGAUACAGCUGCGCAGAUACAGCUGCGCAGAUACAGCUGCGCAGAUACAGCUGCGCAGAAACAGCUGCGCAGAUACAGCUGCGCAGAAACAGCUGCGCAGAAACAGCUGCGCAGAAACAGCUGCGCAGAAACAGCUGCGCAGAAACAGCUGCGCAGAAACAGCUGCGCAGGAACAGCUGCGCAGAAACAGCUGCGCAGAAACAGCUGCGCAGGAACAGCUGCGCAGGAACAGCUGCGCAGAAACAGCUGCGCAGAAACAGCUGCGCAGGAACAGCUGCGCAGGAACAGCUGCGCAGGAACAGCUGCGCAGGAACAGCUGCGCAGGAACAGCUGCGCAGAAACAGCUGCGCAGGAACAGCUGCGCAGGAACAGCUGCGCAGGAACAGCUGCGCAGCAACAGCUGCGCAGAAACAGCUGCGCAGAAACAGCUGCGCAGAAACAGCUGCAGAAACAGCUGCGCAGAAACAGCGGCGCAGAAACAGCGGCGCAGAUACAGCGGCGCAGAAACACUCUAUAGCCUCCGGUUACAGGAGCGUACCUCCAUGUUCAAUGUUUUUUGGGCAGUUGAACAUAAGCGGCUGCGCAGAAGCGGCUGCGCAGAAGCGGCUGCGCAGAAGCGGCUGCGCAGAAGCGGCUGCGCAGAAGCGGCUGCGCAGAAGCGGCUGCGCAGAAGCGGCUGCGCAGAAGCGGCUGCGCAGAAGCGGCUGCGCAGAAGCGGCUGCGCAGAAGCGGCUGCGCAGUAGCGGCUGCGCAAAACGGCUGCGCAGAAACGGCUGCGCAGAAGCGGCUGCGCAGAAGCGGCUGCGCAGAAGCGGCUGCGCAGAAGCGGCUGCGCAGAAGCGGCUGCGCAGAAGCGGCUGCGCAGAAGCGGCUGCGCAGAAGCGGCUGCGCAGAAGCGGCUGCGCAGAAGCGGCUGCGCAGAAGCGGCUGCGCAGAACCGGCUGCGCAGAAACGGCUGCGCAGAAACGGCUGCGCAGAAACGGCUGCGCAGAUACGGCUGCGCAGGAACGGCUGCGCAGGAACGGCUGCGCAGGAACGGCUGCGCAGGAACGGCUGCGCAGGAACGGCUUCGCAGGAACGGCUGCGCAGCAGCGGCUGCGCAGAAGCGGCUGCGCAGAAGCGGCUGCGCAGAAGCGGCUGCGCAGUAGCGGCUGCGCAGAAGCGGCUGCGCAGAAGCGGCUGCGCAGAGGCGGCUGCGCAGAAGCGGCUGCGCAGAAGCGGCUGCGCAGAAGCGGCUGCGCAGAAGCGGCUGCGCAGAAGCGGCUGCGCAGAAGCGGCUGCGCAGAAGCGGCUGCGCAGAAGCGGCUGCGCAGAAACGGCUGCGCAGAAACGGCUGCGCAGAAACGGCUGCGCAGGAACGGCUGCGCAGAAACGGCUGCGCAGAAACGGCUGCGCAGAAACGGCUGCGCAGAAACGGCUGCGCAGAAACGGCUGCGCAGAAACGACUGCGCAGAAACAGCUGCGCAGAAGCAGCUGCGCAGAAGCAGCUGCGCAGAAUCAGCUGCGCAGAAGCAGCUGCGCAGAAGCAGCUGCGCAGAAGCAGCUGCGCAGAAGCAGCUGCGCAGAAGCAGCUGCGCAGAAACAGCUGCGCAGAUACAGCUGCGCAGAUACAGCUGCGCAGAUACGGCUGCGCAGAAACGGCUGCGCAGAAACGGCUGCGCUGAUACGGCUGCGCAGAAACGGCUGCGCAGAAACGGCUGCGCAGAAACGGCUGCGCAGAAAAGGCUGCGCAGUAACGGCUGCGCAGAAACGGCUGCGCAGAAACGGCUGCGCAGAAACGUAUGCGCAAAAACGGCUGCGCAGAAACGGCUGCGCAGAAACGGCUGCGCAGAAACGGCUGCGCAGAAACGGCUGCGCAGAAACGGCUGCGCAGAAACGGCUGCGCAGAAACGGCUGCGCAGAAACGGCUGCGCAGAAACGGCUGCGCAGAAACGGCUGCGCAGAAACGGCUGCGCAGAAACGGCUGCGCAGAAACGGCUGCGCAGAAACGGCUGCGCAGAAACGGCUGCGCAGAAACAGCUGCGCAGAAACAGCUGCGCAGAAACAGCUGCGCAGAAGCAGCUGCGCAGAAGCAGCUGCGCAGAAACAGCUGCGCAGAAACAGCUGCGCAGAAACAGCUGCGCAGAAACAGGGCGCAGAAACAGCUGCGCAGAAACAGCUGCGCAGAAACAGCUGCGCAGAUACAGCUGCGCAGAUACAGCUGCGCAGAUACAGCUGCGCAGAUACAGCUGCGCAGAAACAGCUGCGCAGAUACAGCUGCGCAGAAACAGCUGCGCAGAAACAGCUGCGCAGAAACAGCUGCGCAGAAACAGCUGCGCAGAAACAGCUGCGCAGAAACAGCUGCGCAGGAACAGCUGCGCAGAAACAGCUGCGCAGAAACAGCUGCGCAGGAACAGCUGCGCAGGAACAGCUGCGCAGAAACAGCUGCGCAGAAACAGCUGCGCAGAAACAGCUGCGCAGGAACAGCUGCGCAGGAACAGCUGCGCAGGAACAGCUGCGCAGGAACAGCUGCGCAGAAACAGCUGCGCAGGAACAGCUGCGCAGGAACAGCUGCGCAGGAACAGCUGCGCAGCAACAGCUGCGCAGAAACAGCUGCGCAGAAACAGCUGCGCAGAAACAGCUGCAGAAACAGCUGCGCAGAAACAGCGGCGCAGAAACAGCGGCGCAGAUACAGCGGCGCAGAAACACUCUAUAGCCUCCGGUUACAGGAGCAAGCGGCUGCGCAGAAGCGGCUGCGCAGAAGCGGCUGCGCAGAAGCGGCUGCGCAGAAGCGGCUGCGCAGAAGCGGCUGCGCAGAAGCGGCUGCGCAGAAGCGGCUGCGCAGAAGCGGCUGCGCAGAAGCGGCUGCGCAGUAGCGGCUGCGCAAAACGGCUGCGCAGAAACCGCUGCGCAGAAACGGCUGCGCAGAAACGGCUGCGCAGAAGCGGCUGCGCAGAAGCGGCUGCGCAGAAGCGGCUGCGCAGAAGCGGCUGCGCAGAAGCGGCUGCGCAGAAGCGGCUGCGCAGAAGCGGCUGCGCAGAAGCGGCUGCGCAGAAGCGGCUGCGCAGAAGCGGCUGCGCAGAAGCGGCUGCGCAGAACCGGCUGCGCAGAAACGGCUGCGCAGAAACGGCUGCGCAGAAACGGCUGCGCAGAUACGGCUGCGCAGGAACGGCUGCGCAGGAACGGCUGCGCAGGAACGGCUGCGCAGGAACGGCUGCGCAGGAACGGCUGCGCAGGAACGGCUUCGCAGGAACGGCUGCGCAGCAGCGGCUGCGCAGAAGCGGCUGCGCAGAAGCGGCUGCGCAGAAGCGGCUGCGCAGUAGCGGCUGCGCAGAAGCGGCUGCGCAGAAGCGGCUGCGCAGAGGCGGCUGCGCAGAAGCGGCUGCGCAGAAGCGGCUGCGCAGAAGCGGCUGCGCAGAAGCGGCUGCGCAGAAGCGGCUGCGCAGAAGCGGCUGCGCAGAAGCGGCUGCGCAGAAGCGGCUGCGCAGAAACGGCUGCGCAGAAACGGCUGCGCAGAAACGGCUGCGCAGGAACGGCUGCGCAGAAACGGCUGCGCAGAAACGGCUGCGCAGAAACGGCUGCGCAGAAACGGCUGCGCAGAAACGGCUGCGCAGAAACGGCUGCGCAGAAACGGCUGCGCAGAAGCAGCUGCGCAGAAGCAGCUGCGCAGAAUCAGCUGCGCAGAAGCAGCUGCGCAGAAGCAGCUGCGCAGAAGCAGCUGCGCAGAAGCAGCUGCGCAGAAGCAGCUGCGCAGAAGCAGCUGCGCAGAUACAGCUGCGCAGAUACGGCUGCGCAGAUACGGCUGCGCAGAAACGGCUGCGCAGAAACGGCUGCGCUGAUACGGCUGCGCAGAAACGGCUGCGCAGAAACGGCUGCGCAGAAACGGCUGCGCAGAAACGGCUGCGCAGUAACGGCUGCGCAGAAACGGCUGCGCAGAAACGGCUGCGCAGAAACGUAUGCGCAAAAACGGCUGCGCAGAAACGGCUGCGCAGAAACGGCUGCGCAGAAACGGCUGCGCAGAAACGGCUGCGCAGAAACGGCUGCGCAGAAACGGCUGCGCAGAAACGGCUGCGCAGAAACGGCUGCGCAGAAACGGCUGCGCAGAAACGGCUGCGCAGAAACGGCUGCGCAGAAACGGCUGCGCAGAAACGGCUGCGCAGAAACGGCUGCGCAGAAACAGCUGCGCAGAAACAGCUGCGCAGAAACAGCUGCGCAGAAGCAGCUGCGCAGAAACAGCUGCGCAGAAGCAGCUGCGCAGAAACAGCUGCGCAGAAACAGCUGCGCAGAAACAGCUGCGCAGAAACAGCUGCGCAGAAACAGCUGCGCAGAUACAGCUGCGCAGAUACAGCUGCGCAGAUACAGCUGCGCAGAAACAGCUGCGCAGAAACAGCUGCGCAGAUACAGCUGCGCAGAUACAGCUGCGCAGAAACAGCUGCGCAGAAACAGCUGCGCAGAAACAGCUGCGCAGAAACAGCUGCGCAGAAACAGCUGCGCAGGAACAGCUGCACAGAAACAGCUGCGCAGAAACAGCUGCGCAGAAACAGCUGCGCAGGAACAGCUGCGCAGGAACAGCUGCGCAGAAACAGCUGCGCAGGAACAGCUGCGCAGGAACAGCUACGCAGGAACAGCUGCGCAGGAACAGCUGCGCAGGAACAGCUGCGCAGGAACAGCUGCGCAGGAACAGCUGCGCAGGAACAGCUGCGCAGGAACAGCUGCGCAGAAACAGCUGCGCAGAAACAGCUGCGCAGAAACAGCGGCGCAGAAACAGCGGCGCAGAAACACUCUAUAGCCUCCGGUUACAGGAGCGUACCUCCAUGUUCAAUGUUUUUUGGGCAGUUGAACAUGUAA